UAUGGUUGAGUGUAAAGGUUUACUAAGUAAAUUAUUAGUUGCUGUUUACUGUUUCCAAACUGGAUUCCUACUCAAGUUGAUAAUAGAAAAGGCUAGAUCUUAUGACGUUAAAGUGGAUUAUCCUAUGCAGUUGGUGGAUCCUGAUAAUUUGAAAAAAUGUCGAAAUGGUUAUGAAAAGAUGAGAGUUGAUUUUUGUCAAUCAACCGCCAACUAUCUUAUAAACGCCGAAUUGCUUAGCGACUCUUUUAACCUGGAUAGAAUCUGUUACUUGGGAGGUAGACAUAUGGAUUGCGUUGGUAGUCUUCUAUUUAAAUCAAGAGAUACGAGACUUCACGAAUAUCGUUCCCUUUUCUCUCUAUUCUGUCAAAGAGAUUGUCAACGGCAAUUAAAAAACUGUAAAGGAUUAAGAUACCCAAAGAAAGGCGACUGUAAGCUGUACGAUUGCGUUGUCGACGGUGUGGCCAAGUGUAAUAAUCGUAGCUCUCAUCUACUUACAAAAUAUUCGUAUUUGAAGGAUCUAUGUAAGAGAGAUAAUAGUUUAGAGAUGACAAACUGA